GAGCCUAUGCUAGGCGUCGAACUAGUCGCGACGAUGGUUAAUAGCAGGCUCCCGUGGUAUCAGAAGCUGAUGGAAACAAGCUGGGCUAUCAUCGAGGAGGCUUUUGACUACACUUGUAACUUGUAAGGGACAUGAUUGCUGACCUUUCUGUAAGCGAGAAGGUGAUUGUUCCUGGGAAGUCUACAAGUUGGGAUAUCGAAUGGUGGAUGCGAGAGAAGAUCCAAUCUCUAAAUUACACCACCUGGUUCCAACCCAGUGUUUUCAUCUUGACAGGCAAAGGAUUCCCUGCGGCAGAUGACCCGUCCGCCUCGAUGGACGACCCUCGCGCGCCCGACCGCCCAAUUCAGUAUGGCGAUCUAAUCCACACAGAUUUUGGCGUAUCGGCCCUCGGUUUAAACACCGACACGCAGCACAUAGGUUAUGUUCUGUACCCCGGGGAGACAGAAGCUGACGUUCCUAAGGGGAUGAUCGAGGGCCUGAAAAAAGUCAACCGCUUACAGGACAUUGUGAAGGGCAACAUGAAAAUCGGGAUGACAGGUAACGAGAUCCUGAAAGCCUCUCUGGAGCAGAUGCACGGUGAAGGUAUCGAAGGUAUGACGAAUCUCCAGGACGAAGUCCCCGUUCUGGGGGACCUCCAUUUACUGAAGAACACGUACUACAGCAUCGAACUUUUCGCGGAACACUUCGUGCCCGAGAGGAACCGGACCAUCGUCUUCCCUCAGGAAGAGGAUGUGUACUGGGACGAAGAAGCGAAUAGCUGGCAGUGGGUGUAUGGGAGGCAGAAGGAGCUUUUGUUAAUAAGGACACCUGCUUUAGAUAGCGAGGAAGCGCCAGCAGAGUUGUAAAAGGAGGGAGAAGGAAGUUUACUAUCUCGUAUAUGCCUACCUAUAUAGGUGUAUCUUCCAUUAGCUUUGACAUGAGAACAUAUUGAUUUACAGAAGUGUACCUAUUUAUCGUAUAAUAUGGCUAGAGUUAGUUAUCGGAAGAGACAUUGGAACGCGUUGGUAUUGUCCGUAAAUCCGACCUCUGGCCGAUGAGAAAGCUUCCCGUCUUACCUUAGC